AUGGCUCAGACCGCAUUUCUUUACUUGGCCAUUUUCUCAGCCUUCACACUCACUGCGCUGUUUCCUUCCACACUCUCUCGCAGCUUAUCAGAAGAAACAUCCACACUUCUCGACGUCUCUGCCUCCCUCACCCAAGCCCAUGACGUCCUCUCCUUCAACCCUGAAACCCUCGAACCAUUGGACCGCCAAGAAACCCAGGCCCAGACCCAUACUCUCACUCCUCUCAACUCCUCCUUCUCUCUCCAACUCCUUCCCCGCGACGCUCUCCACAACUCACAACACAAGGACUACGAAUCCUUAGUCCUCUCCCGACUCGGUCGCGACUCCGCCCGAGUCAACUCGCUCCACACCAAGCUCCAGCUGGCGGUUCAGAACAUCAAGAAGUCCGAUCUCGAACCCAUGCACACCGAGAUCCGACCCGAGGACCUCUCCACCCCGGUCGUGUCGGGUGUGAGCCAGGGAAGCGGCGAGUACUUCACGCGCAUCGGCGUCGGCACCCCGGCCAAGUCCUUGUACAUGGUGCUCGACACCGGCAGCGACAUCAACUGGCUCCAAUGCGAGCCUUGCUCUGACUGUUACCAGCAAACCGACCCGGUUUUCAACCCCACCGGAUCCUCCACUUACCACCCGGUCACGUGCGACUCCGCGCAAUGCCAUUCUCUUCAUGUGUCCGCCUGUCGUGCCGACAAGUGCCUCUACCAGGUGUCCUACGGCGACGGGUCAUACACCGUCGGCGAUUUCGUGACGGAAACGGUGUCGUUCGGGAACUCGGGCGCGAUCCAUAACGUCGGCUUGGGGUGCGGGCACGAUAACGAGGGAUUAUUCGUCGGGGCCGCCGGGUUACUGGGCCUGGGCGGUGGGUCUUUGUCACUUCCUUCGCAAUUCAAAGCGACGUCGUUCUCGUACUGUUUGGUGAACCGCGAUUCGUCCACGUCGUCGACCCUGGAGUUCAACUCGGCACCACCCAGUGACUCGGUGACGGCGCCGUUGUUGAAGGACAGCAGGGUCGAAACGUUUUACUACGUGGGGCUCAAGGGGUUCAGUGUCGGCGGGCAACCGGUGUCGAUCCCACCUUCGGUUUUCGAGGUGGAUGAGUCGGGGAACGGCGGGAUCAUUGUGGACUCGGGCACGGCCAUAACUCGGUUACAGACGGAGGCCUACAACUCGCUACGGGACGCGUUUAAGAGAUUGACUCGGGACCUGCCGAGUGCGAGUGAAUUUGCACUGUUCGACACGUGUUACGACCUGUCGUCGCGGUCCAGGGUUCAGGUCCCAACGGUGUCGUUUCUGUUUGCUGAUGGGAAGUCGCUGAGUCUGCCGGCGAAGAACUACCUGAUUCCCGUGGACUCGGCGGGAACGUUUUGCUUCGCUUUUGCUCCGACGUCGUCGUCUCCGUCCAUCAUCGGGAACGUCCAGCAGCAGGGGACACGUGUGAGCUAUGAUUUGGCAAACAACCGCGUGGGUUUCUCGCCAAAUAAAUGUUAA